AUGGUUUCUGCAUCUCUCAUCUUUUCCGCUCUGGCGCUCUUGGCCUCUCAAGCUGCUGCGCAUGGUGGUGUCGGGAAGUACAUCAUUGGUUCUACUGAAUACAAGGGUUGGGAACCAUAUAAUUCUGCAACUGGGCAGUCUACUAUCCAGAGAAAAUACAGCAGCUACGAUCCCAUCCUCACUCCUACGGGAACGAACAUCAGAUGUAACAACGCUGGUGAAACCUCUCAACUCAGUGCGACAAUUGCAGCUGGCACUGAUAUCACUGCGGUCUGGACCCAAUGGACCCAUGCUGAAGGCCCAGUAACUGUAUAUAUGGCUAAGUGCCCUGCCAGUUGUGCGGACUUUGAUGGCAGCGGUGCAGUAUGGUUCAAAAUCGACGAGGCUGGACUUUUGUCAGGCACCAUCAACAAGGGAGAAUGGGGUAACGGUAUUAUCUUGAAGACGCUGAAAUGGACUACAACUAUUCCGGCCAGUCUUACUCCUGGAAACUAUAUUAUUAGGCACGAAGUCCUCGCUCUUCACCAAGAACUCACUCCCCAAUUCUACCCAGAGUGCGCACAACUCACUGUCACUGGAAGCGGUACCGCGUCGCCUUCAGGCUCUUACCUCGUCAGCCUUCCCGGUGCUUUUAGCAUGUCCGAUCCAGGUGUUUCUGUUAGAAUAACCUCAGACACCUCCACCACGUACAUUGUUCCUGGCCCUGCAGUCUGGCCUGGGACUGGAUCUGGAACCGGCACUACCCCUGUAGUUACCUCUGCUGUGUCGUCGGCGGCGCCUGCUGCCUCUACAUCAAGUGUGGCUUCUGUCGUCACUAGUGCUGCUCCAGCUUCUACUGGUGCUGCUGUAGCGAAGUUCGGCCAAUGGUAA